AUGCCGAACAGCUCGGAGACAGUUGUGGGCAAGCCAGCGGCGAUUGCUGUAGAGGCAACGUCGGGCGUUGACGACGACAUUCCCAGUGAAUUUUCAGGAGCUUCGGACGAAGAUGCGCGCGACGACAGAGCUGGGCGGCAGCUGGUGCAGUUCUACAUUGCGUUUAUCAACCAGAUGGAGGCCACGCGGCCAGAAAUACUACGUGGAGUCCCUGUUUGGAAGCUGUUGCGUUACUUGCCGUCUGCUUGGCUCAGAGAAAAGCUCGACGAUCUGCAUGGAUUGAGUCAGCAGGCAAUGCAGUUCGAUCAGUUUUGGUCCCACAGCUGGCGGGGGUCGGCGUGGACCAAAUAUACCAACAUGCUUUACCUGCAUAAUUGCAUGCCGGCAAGCAUAGCAGGAACAUUGAGCGCAAGCGUAGCCUGCGGCCUCGUCUCAGCAGGAUUUCUGGGUGCACGACAGGGAUGGUGCAUCCUCUUCGGGCUUGUGGCCUUUUGCACAGCCUUGCUUCUGUGGCGUCCGCGAAAGCUGGUGUUUCUAGACAUUGCAUGCAUUCACCAAACUGACGAAGACAGAAAGGGAGAGGCCAUCAUAAGUAUGGGUGCUUUUUUGAAACAGUCGACUUCCAUGCUGGUUCUGUGGGAUCCUACGUGGGUCACAAGACUGUGGUGCACCUUCGAGGUCGCUGCAUUUCUACACAGCCGUAGUCCCGGUUGCAAGGUAGAUCUACAGAUUAUUCCUCCCUUGCUAGGGCCGGCGCUUCUGGGCUGUGAGAUGCUGUUCUGUGUGCUAGGCGUGGUAUAUGUCUACAUUGAAUCUUCGUUGGCAUCGUCAGACGAGGCGUCAGACGAGGCAAUAGUCGUGGGAGAACUAUAUAUAUUGCUCGUUGGUAUUCUUGGGCUGCUUUUCGGCUUCGUGACGCACGCUCUGCGAGGUCAUGCCCGCAGCGUUGACACGCUGCAAGAGCAACUCCGUUGUUUCAAGGUCGAGCAUGCCAGAAGCGCUUGCUGCGACCACGGCCACGACGACAUGUCUCUGUGCGAUCGCGAGAUCAUUCUUGAGUGCAUCGCUGCAUGGUACAAAUCACUGGACAGCUUUGAAAUGCAAGUGCAAACUGAAGUGCGGAUGGCCAUCAUCGAUCAGCUUGCGUACAAAGCCUUCUCUUAUCAGCGCACCUUGCAAGUGUUUACUCCGUAUGUCUGGAUACGUCUUGGGUAUGCAGCUAGCAACGCAAGCGAUCCCAGCCGACAGGUAGUCGAUAUAGCCCAGACGCUCACCUAUUUCCUCGCGAUCAUCCCCAUGAUGGACAAACUGGCCUUCCGCUUGUGCUACCGCUGGCGAGCGCGAGGUCGCAGGCUCUACUUGGACUUCUUGCUAUCGCUGGCCGUCGCGAUCUUGGCCUUGUUGUUCUACAUCGCCUGUUACGCGAUCCAACUCUACGUCUUCCGUCAAAACGACCGGGGACUUCUCCUGAGUGUGAUCUCAAUGCUUUCGUGGUGGACUGUCGCAGCCAUCCUGUGGCGGUUCAUUUGA